UUCAUCAACAAUGGUUUUCCGUUUCCACUUAGAUGCAAGUGCGAGAUUAUUUAUUAUAAAAACCAUACAAGUCCUCAUAAUGAACGCACUGCUUUACAACAUCAUAUUUCUUGUUUCUUUGGCAUUAGCCAAACCUUCAAACAACUCCUUAGGGGCCACUUGUACAGUAAGUUCAUACGACGAUGUGGCAUCUGCGAUUUCAAGUUGCACCACCAUCAACCUGGGCUCUUUUACAGUGCCGGCCGGUACAACUUUAGCUUUAAAAUUAAAAACCGGCACCACUGUCAAUAUCCAAGGUACUAUCAAAUUCGGAUACCAAGAAUGGAAAGGACCUUUGGUUCAAGUGUCGGGAAAACAAGUUACAAUUAAUGGUGCUAGUGGAAAAUUUGAUGGAGAAGGUGCUAACUACUGGGACAGUCAAGGUGACAAAGGAAAAACAAAGCCAAAGUUUUUCAAAAUAUCUACUACAUCAAGUUCUACUUUCAAUGAUAUUACUCUGAAAAAUUGUCCUCAUCAAUGCGUCUCUAUUAGCAGCGCUUCAGAUACUACUUUAUCAGGUUGGAACAUUGACGUAUCAGCAGGAGAUAGCGCAGGUGGACACAACACUGACGGCUUCGAUAUCUCCGGCUCGACCGGCAUCACCAUUAAAAACUCCGUUGUCAAGAACCAAGACGAUUGCGUGGCUAUUAACCAAGGUUCAAACUUGGUUUUCGAAAGCUUAACAUGCAGCGGUGGACACGGGCUCAGUCUCUCAGUAGGACAAAGUACUGAGAAUGGGGAUGCAAACACAGUUAAAAACGUCGUUUUUAGCGAUUGUACCGUAAAGAAUUCUCGAAAUGGCAUCCACAUAAAGACGCACAAAGAUGCCGGUACCGGUGCAAUCAGUGAUGUGACUUACAAAAACAUUAAACUUUCUGGAAUUACCAAUUAUGGCAUUAACGUUCAAGAGAAUUAUGCAAAUGGUGGCGAUAGUGGUGAUCCGUUAGGUAAUAUACCUAUUACAAAUUUGAAUCUCCAAUCGGUGACAGGCUCCAUGUCUGGAGGAUCUAGCAGCAUGUCGGUAUACAUUUUAUGCGGCGAUGGAGGAUGCAGUAAUUGGGCAUGGUCCGGUGUUUCUAUUUCCAGCGCGAAAAAAUCAAACAGCUGUAACUUUACGCCCUCUGGAUUCACUUGUUAAACGUUUAAGAAUUUUAAUAAAUAGAACAUAGCUUUAGUAAUAUAUUAUAUUAUGACAAAAUAUUUUUUUAUACUUAUAAUGAAUAAAAUAUACACUGUAAAAGAAAUA